CAACACAAAAUUUGCAAAACACAAAACACUUUAGUUAAUAAAGCAUGUUGGGUCGAUAUUGAUCAAAGUCUAUGGAUACCAUUGAAUUUUUUUCUCUCUACUUUUCCAAACAUUAGACUUGGUGUACUCCUUUUACAUCUAUUCGAUCAAACAACAGAACUACUACAAUUUAUUAAUUGCAUAUAUUUGUAAAUAGUAGAGCUGGCCAUAUAUAUAUAUAUUAUAUAUUAUAUAUUAGGUACUAAUGGUAUGAGAAUAUAUAAUUGUGAAGACACAUAGAUGUAUUAAUUAAUAUAUAAUUAUCAAAGAGUUUGCUUUAUAGAUUUAUCAUUGAGUCAUUGACUUCAUUAUCAAGUCUUCUAAACUCAAACCUAUUUCUACCCCCCACACCACACACCCUCAUUUUAUUCAUGAUUCCAAAAUCCCUUAAUUUUAUAUACAUAUUUUAUCAGCUCCCUAUAUAAUUAACUAGCUAGCCACACACUACAUACAUAAUCAUAGUUCAAAGCAUAGAUAAUUAAGAUUAAGAAAACAAAAUAUGAUUCUUAAGAAGAUCAUAAUCAAGUCGCUUUUGCCUUCAUGUAUGAAGCCUCAGAAGGUUACAGUCCCAACAGAGACCAGAUUUCCAGCUUCUUCAAAAGAUACAAGUUCUCAGAGAUUGUCACUUUCCGAUUUAAGUAACUCAUCUAUGGUAUCUCUCAUGAGUGAUCUAUCGAGUACACUUUUUGGGUCAAAUAUUCAUAUUUUUACACAUAAAGAGCUCAAGAACAUCACAUACAACUUCUCUAAGACUAACUUUCUUGGCGAAGGUGGUUUUGGACAAGUGUAUAAAGGGUUCAUUGAUGAUAAGGUCAGGCCUGGUUUGAAAGCUCAAUCUGUAGCGGUUAAAGUUCUCGAUUUGGAUGGCAAACAAGGCCAUCGGGAGUGGCUGGCGGAAGUAAUUUUUCUUGGGCAAUUAAAGCACCCUCAUCUUGUAAACUUGAUCGGUUAUUGUUGCGAAGAUGAACAUAGGCUUAUUGUCUAUGAAUUCAUGCCUCGGGGAAGCUUAGAGAACCAUAUUUUCAAAGGUUACUCUGGAGCCUUACCGUGGUUAACGAGAAUAAAAAUUGCAAUUGGAGCUGCGAAAGGCCUGAGUUUCCUACACGAGGAAGAAAAGCCAGUCAUAUAUCGAGAUUUCAAAGCUUCAAAUAUCUUACUAGAUUCUGAUUUUACUGCUAAGCUUUCUGAUUUUGGCUUAGCCAUAGAUGGUCCACAAGGAGAUGAAACGCACAUUUCAACGCGCGUAAUGGGCACCGAAGGCUAUGCUGCUCCGGAGUACAUAAUGACAGGUCAUGUGACAGCUAUGAGCGAUGUAUUUAGUUAUGGAGUGGUUCUGUUGGAACUAUUAACAGGUAGGCGAUGCUUGGACAAGAGCCGAAGACUGAGUAGGGAACAGAACCUUGUUGAUUGGGCUAAGCCUUUUUUAAAAGAUGCCCAUAAAGUGGACCGAAUAAUGGACCCAAGGCUCGAGGGUCAGUACUCGAUCGAAGGGGCUAGGAAAGCAGCUGCUUUGGCUCAUCAAUGUUUGAGCCACAACCCCAAAUCUCGACCCACAAUGAGUAGUGUGGUCAAAUCGUUGGAGCCACUUUUGGGCUUGACUCGUGACAUUUCAGUACCUUUUGUUUAUGUUGUUCCCACUGAAUUAAGAGAGGAAAAAGUUGAUCAUGAUGAUGAAGAUGUGGUACUUAUGAGUAGUAGAAGUAAUAAUAAUGGAGAUAAUAAUAGUUACCAAAGAGAGGAAAAGAGCCAGAGUCGACGUCGUGGCCGAAAAGGUUAUAGGCAUAAAUACAGGAUUAGGUCAUCAAGAUCCAACGCAGUAUAUUCUGAUACUACUUUGUAUAAAACUCUUGGAACUAGUCUUUACUCCCCAAAAGGACAAGUACUAGCUAGGUGAUGAUCAGAAGUUAAAAUAAUUAAGAUUAUAUUAGAUUAUUACAUAAUUAAAGAAUUAAUUACACACACAUACAAAAAAAAAAAAAUACAUAUAGCUAUACUACUUGUGUGUUUGUUGUAUCAUGUUGUGUACAUUAGAGUAGUUUUUUAAUUUAUUUAUUUUUUCUUUUAAAUUUUGUUGUUCAGUAAGAUUUGAGAUGAUAAUAUUGGUCAGUAUCUCAGUUAGGACGUACGUAUUAUUGUAGCGUAUAGCUUCAUUAAGCCUAUACCUACCCUUGUAACCGAAAUAUAUAGAUAUAAUUAUACAGCCAAGUGUGUAUGUUGUUAA